GUUGAUCCAGCUAAGGGUACAAGCAAGUAAAGUCGUGUUUCGAGUUUACUGAGAUUAAAAUGUUUGUUAUUUAAGUAAUGAAACCAACAAUGGGGAAUGUGGUGUUUUCAGUGAUCUGGCUCCUGAUACUAAUUUUCAUAGCGUUUUGGGUCGCGGGCAUAGCUGCAGGGAUAUAUAUUAUCGUACUACCCUUUACUGUAUGCGUAGAACCAUUAACGGGCUUAACUGAUUUCCUAUUAUCAGUGGUUCAGUUCCCGAAAUACUGUGCUCAAGCGAUGAUGGAAGGGAAAGGUUUCAAUUGAUUUCUAGUCAAAUUAAAAUUUUAUAUAAGAACUUUUAUAAUACCUGAUUAGUACACACAAGUAACUGAUUAACAUGUUAUUAAUAAAUGAGAAUGUUUGUAUUUAUUAUGUAUGAUUAAGUAAAAAUGUUUUUUUUU